AGGGCCACUGCGCGCUGUGCAUCCCUGCACACUAAGAUGACGAAAAUAAUUUUUAUUUUUAAUACGAGUACAAUCAUACAUGAAUACCAUGUAGUAUGUAUUUAUUAAUUACUGAAUUUAUUGUCAUAAAUAAUAUUGUGCUGAUGGAAAUUAAAUUGAUAUCGGUAUUCGGUACGUAAUCAGAAAACGUCGCACAUUCAGCAGCUGCCAGUUUGCCAAUACUCUGAUCUCUGGAACCUUUUGAAUUCGGAUCUUAUGAAGGCGAUCCAUAACUCAAUGAUUGAUGAUUACACCAGCUGCAUGAAAAGACUCUGUUCAGCUGCUCGAGAAUCAUUUCUCUUGGCUCUUGCCUAUGCUGAAAUUUGUUAUCUGUACCUGUGUUUGUUUAAAAUGUAAACUUCUCGUCAGAUUAUCUUCAAGUUUCAAAUCCUAAUCAAUGAAUGCAUGACUUGUAAUUCUGGCACCUGGGAGAAGCAAACUAAUAAGUGGAUGCAUGCUACAUGAAGGAGUGCAGUGACAAUAUUGCUGUUUCGUAUUGCAUUUGAAAAUUCGAAUCGCAGUUUCGAAUUUUACAUUGCCACCAUGGUGGCUCUCUCCUCGGAUCUCAUGCGAUCGUUUCGGGUUGCGAAGACGUUCAAAGAAAAUCUGGAUCGGAUUAAUCAUAUGGACAUCUCAUCAAAUGGGCAUUAUGUGGUUACCAGUUCGCAAGAUGAGAGCAUCCAGCUGUACGAAGCUGACAAGGGAGUAUCGUUUAAGACGCUGCACAGUAAAAAAUACGGCGUGGAUUUGAUUUCCUUCACGAGAAACCAUAACACAGUCAUACACGGCUCUACGAAAGUCGAUGAUACUCUAAGGCAGCUGAAUUUGCAUGAAAACAAAUAUCUGCGAUAUUUCUUGGGCCAUGGUCGAAAGGUUACCAGUUUAAAGAUGCACCCCAAGGAGGAUAUGUUUCUAUCCGCAUCACAGGAUCACACGGUGAGACUGUGGGAUCUGCGCUCCUCCAAUUCUCAGGGUUUGUUGCAUGUCCCCGGCCGACCGGUGGUCAGUUACGACCCCGAAGGAUUGGUAUUUGCUGUGGGAUUUGAAUCGUCGGAAAUUAAGAUCUACGAUGUCAGGACGUUCGAUAAGGGGCCAUUUUUAUCUUUUCCCGUGUCCCGCAUGACGGAAGGCGAAUGGACGGAUCUCAAAUUUAACCCGGACACGACUCAGAUUUUGGUUACCACGAGUGGAAAGAAUUCAUUUGUUGUUGAUGCAUUCGUUGGCGGUGUAGUUCACACAUUAACGGGGUAUGCCAAUACUCAGAUUCAAGGCUUGGAGGGAUGCUAUUCACCGGAUGGGAAAUAUGUUUUGUUGGGCUCAUCCGACGGCAAGGUGCACAUAUGGAGUAGCACAACGGGUGAAAAAGUAGCCACUUUAUCAUCUGAAGACUGCUCCCCCAUAACCUGUCUGAAAUUCAAUCCCAAAUAUUUAUGCUUUGUAUCUGCCCACAUUCGAACAUCCUUUUGGAUACCGACUCUUCAAGACAGAUCUGGGGACGAGGAGAACACUGCUUCGACCAACCACGUCGAUGCCAAGAGCGGAACACCCGGAAGUGGGAAAACGCCUGUAUCUUGACAUUAUUAACGAAGAGCCUGUGUUUUUAUACUGUAUGGUAUUUGAAGUAGUUUUAUCACUUUUGCAUGCUGUUUUGUUAUGGGUUUUGAGUUAAUAAAUUUUUGACAGUGUGGUUUUGCCGGCGUACUUAGUGCUUUGAUUAUGUCCAUAUGAGUUUGGUUAUCUUUAAUGCUUUCCCGGUAUAUUGUUUCUAAACCGAUACUAUGUUUGUUGUACCACUGUUGGGUAUGCCUCAAAGAUUUUUGUUUUUUUUGUUGACUUUAUUUAUUAGUAUUAUGACGCUGUACAUUGUUGCGGAAACAUGUUGUUUUAGCCAAAAAAAUAAUUCCCUUUCUGAGCAUUUGAGUUUUUACACAUUUCACAAUGUUGACCAAUAAAAAACACGCUAUGG